AUGUCUCCAGUUCGUCGAAUCGGUCAAAUUGUGCACCUCAAGCCUGAGGCUGUGGCAGCCUACAAGGAGUGCCACGCCAAAGUCUGGCCCGAGGUUCUGAAGCAGAUCGAGGACUGCAACAUCAGGGAUUAUUCAAUCUUCUUCGAUGGAGAUCGCACGCUAUUCGCCAAGUUUGACUAUAUCGGCGAGGACUUCGAGGCUGACAUGGAGAAGAUGCGGGCCAACCCCAAGGUUCGGGAGUGGUGGGCGAUGACCGAUUCCAUGCAGGAGAGCUUGGUUCCCGGUGCAGUGGGCAGUGCUGAAGGUCCUGGGUGGUGGAAGCCUCUGGAAGAAGUCUUCUACACAGACUAG